AAAACAAAAAUUCUCGAAACACUGCAUGAAACUACUCAAUGUAAAAUUCCAGAUGGGAAUUGUAUAGUUGCAUUGGAAAAAUUAGCUAAAAACCUCAAAUGCACCAGCUGCAGCAGUCUUUUAGACAUGGAAAAAAUGUACGGCUAUAACAGAGAAGGACUUCACGUAAAGUUUAAGAUAAAAUGUGAUACUUGUGGCAGAUAUAAUAAUGUUAAUACCGCAGAGUCCACCAAUGGUGUUUCUGAUGUCAAUAUGUCCGUGGUUUUAGGGGCUAUUCAUGCCGGUGUUGGAAAUACUGGCUUAAAUAAAAUUCUUGCUUGUGCCAAUUUACCUCGAGUAAUAGACAAAAUUUAUAAAAAGUACGAAGUUGUAGUUGGUCAAGCAAUAGAAUUAGAAGCUAAAGAAAGUUGCAAGCGAGCUGCUUCUGAGGAAAAAGAAUUGGUGAUAAAAAAUGUCAAAAAGCUGUGUGACACAUUGUAAGCAUCCAUUCUAA